CAGGUGGAGUGCCGUAGGGCGGUAGCAGGUGAGAGGUGCCAGAGCGGGUGAGCGUCGGAGCGAGAGGCGGCCAGUGGUGUGUCAUACAGACUGAGCAGUCGCAUCGUUCGGGAAGUGUGCCGGGUUCUGCAGCCAAGUACCUGUGGCGGAGCAGUAGAGCGGGUAGUGAAGAUGGAUGCAUCUCCCUUUAGAAGGGGGCAGUGGGCCUCCCAGUCUGUCCGAGUCACUGCAAGGGAACUGUCCCUUGUGAAACCAAAGAAUGCAGCAAUUAUGGAGAUUUUCUCCAAGUAUCAGAAAGCUGCUGAAGAGUCAAGUUUUGAAAAGAAGAGAUCUAACGCAGAGAAUCUGCCCCCCCGUUUUAAUCGGGGCUCUCUCAGUGUAUUAAGGAAGAGGUGGGAGAUCCCUAGUCAAGCAAGUCUGACUGAAGUGAACAGCAGCUCCCAUCUGAGGCAGAAGGUGAGCAGCAGCCCAAGGGGUGAGAGUAUUUCCUCGGAAGAGCGUUCUGAAGUGGUCAGCGCCAAGGCUCAGUCUCCUGCACUUCGCAGCAAUCGCUUCCGCUAUCCCAGUGCCACAGAACACGGCUCUGGCCACAACGUGGGGGAAAACAUGGACCAAGACUUGGAGGUUACAAAUCAGGACACCCCAGAUCCUUCUCCCAAGGUUGAAAAGUUUAAUGUGCCAUUGAACAACUUGAAGAUGAUGUUUGAAAAAGGUGAAGUUGCCAACAAGCCUCAACAGGAACCUGGGAAAAUCAGUGUGGGAAGAAUUAUUACAGACAAGUAUAUCUCCUCUGAAGACUCUGAUAGCUGCUUCACUGACAAGAGUAUAUCUUCUGGCUCUCCUGAUGGCUCUCCAAGCAAACACACCACUCGCCUGGAAGAGUCCCCCAUUCUGCAGGCCACUCCGCUGCGAGACAGGAUGGCCAAGUAUCAGGCAGCUCUUUCCAAACAGAAUGAGGUGAAAAAUCAUACUGACCAUAAAGAAAACGUCCCUCCGACCCACGUGAACAACGUCUCGUCUCCUGACCAUGAAAAGAGAAUUGUGAACGAGAACAGCCCUGUCAUUUCCAGGAACACCUCGGAUAACCAUGAUAAAUCGGAAGAGAUUCAGAGAUCCGGCAGCUCUUCUGAAUACAGUCCCCAAAGAGUGCUAAAUCCAGUGGAGGCUUCACCUCCCAAAUCUGUAAAGAAGUUCCAGUUGCCGGCCAGAGAAGUCUGCUUUAGCUGUCAGAAAACCGUAUAUCCGAUGGAACGUCUCUUUGCCAAUAAUCAGGUGUACCACAACAGCUGCUUUCGUUGUUCUCAUUGUUCAACCAAGCUUAGUCUUGGAACUUUUGCAUCACUACAUGGUACUGCUUACUGCAAACCCCACUUCAACCAGCUGUUCAAAUCCAAGGGGAAUUAUGAUGAAGGUUUUGGGCACAAACCGCACAAAGAACUUUGGGUGAACAAAACCGAGACAAGUGAAGCAGAAGAGAGCCCCAUGCAGACUUCUGCUAAUGUUUCCAAGGAUCCCAACAGCCCUGUUGUGGAAGAAGCUCCCAUAGCAAAGGUUGGAGUCCUAGCUGCAUCCAUGGAAGCUAAAACUGUUAAUAGUUUGCAAGAUAAGGAAAAGCAAGUGGAGACCAAAAGGCUGAGAAUUGCCUGGCCUCCCCCAGCUGAAUCCAGUUCCUCUAGUGGUUCUUUGGAGGAGAAUUUGAAAGUGCUUAGACCAAAGUGGCCACCAACUGAAGAAAUUCAAAAAGUAGAAACUGAAGAGGACUUGGACCUUAAAAAGCUCAGGCGAAGUGGAUCACUUAGAGAGCGCAGCCGACCUUUUAUAUUCUCUGUGGCUAAGCAUGUGGAUAGUGAAAAAUCCAUGGAUAACUUGCCCACAUCACCUCCAAAAUUGAGAAAGUCAAAUUCUUUUAAGCUACGCGAUACCUGGAUAAAGAAGCCAGAAGAAAGGCAAUCGGUGGAAGAAGAGAACAAGCCCUCACAAGAUAAUAAAGAUGUUGCUGAGGAAAAAAAGGAGAUUCCCGCUGACCUGGCUGAUAAAGUCUUGGCGAGUGAGGAUGUUUCUAAAGUGGAAGUUGCCGAACAGCAACAUUCCCCUGAAGGGUCCACCGAAAUGAACCUCUCGAGUCUGGAAGAUCCAGUAGUCCCUAAGAAUGCCUCCGCUGAGGAGAACCGCAGGUCCCAAGAUGUUGGCUACUGGGAGGGAGAAGAGCUUGAAGAGCUUUCUGUUGAAGAUCAGAUCAAAAGGAAUCGGUACUAUGAUGAGGAUGAUGAAGAUGUUGAUGGUGAAGAGAAUGACUAACAUGGCUUGUCCAGUGUGUGUGUGUGUCUGUCUGGGGCUUAAUUUUCUCAUUUAGUAUAUCAUAUAAAUGUGUAUAAAUGUCUUUCCUGUAAAGCUUAUUCCUUUUAAAGGACUGCGUGAGGUUGAAAAUAUGGAAUGUUGCUGAUACCAAACCAGUGGGUGGGAAACGGAAAGAAAAUUCGGAAACUAGUAAAUGCAACCUGGUUUAGCUUUCAACUAGCAAGGGACACUCUCAUGGGUUUUCCUUAAAGGUGCAGCUGGUCAGAUAUUGGCACACUUCUGGCUUCUUGGUGGUAAAUGCCAGUUUCCUAUGAAAUCUAGAGGUUCAUUCCAUGGAGUGGCAAUUCUGUCUGCCACCUCACAUGUGCCCUUAUUUCCAGGUAAGACGAGAUACUGAAUGCUGCCUGAUCCAUGUUUCACAUUGCAGAACCUUCGUGCGUCGGAUAUGUAUGUUAAACGCUUCAUGUUGGCAUCUCUUGCCAGAAACUUAUCACUAUAAAAAUAUGCAACUUUGUAAAUGUCAUAGGGAUUGUGAAUGUAACUGGCACUGAUUGACUUGCCUCAAAUCUUAUUUGGCUUUGAGAACCUGUAUUUGCUGGUAGCCGGUUCUCUCAGUACUGUAAUAAUUCUGAUCAAAUGCACCCCCCCCCCCAUUCCGCAGAAGUGCAUUCAUUGUGUAUGAGAAUAAUAUGCAAACUGGAAACAAAAAAUCUCUUAUCUGGUACAAUAGAGCCUUCAGUUGUGGUUGAGUGACCCAGACACCAACCCCUAAACGGGUCUCAAUGUGCAAUGAGCUGUCCAUGUUGUGAACUGGAAUGUUAUCAGUCGAGCUGACGUACUGGUGUUAUUUAAUAUGCAUUAUUUUGCACUGGAGGAAUUUGUUAGCAAAAGUAGCCGAUGACUUCUUCUACAUUCCAAGUUUGCUGCUGAAGAAUCUCCCUUAUCCCGUUUUAUUCUGGAUAUUAUACAUUCCGAAGUUUGUUUUUUUUUCACGCUGAGCGCUUAGUGAGCAGUUAGGAGCCAGUCUCAACGUUUUAUGUCGGUAAAUGACAACGACCUGCAUUGUGUGUUCAUUCGUUUCACUUAUACCUAUUUUUCAGUGGAUUCUGUAAUUAACAGGAUUCCAACAGGCGCAACACUAAUUUUAGAGGGUAAUUUUUAAAAUAGUUUUACCCUGUUUUGAUUCUUCAUAUUGAUGGAUGACGAGACUGUUUUAUGUGUGAUGCAGCCAUCUUAAUUGCUGUAUGCAUGGUAUAAAGAGUGUUUGUUUUUUUUAUAUAUAUAUAAAAAGGUGUAAUAUAUUUUGCUUUACAACCAAUCUGACAAUAAAGAAUUUUAUUCACUGA